UUCUGAGGUUUCUCCGGCGCCCCCCUCCACAGCCCUCACCAGCCGACUUCCGGCCGGAUCCGCCAAUCACUGCUCACAUCUGGCAGGAGUGGGUGGGGCCUGAGAAAUUCGAAAAGAGCCCCGCCCCCUGGGAGCUGAUUCCUGGGACCAGGCUUUUGGGAAGAAAGCUUUUCGGUGGAAGGUGAGGUAGGGCGGGAAGUGGGAACUGAGGAGGUGUGGCGUGGGUGUGGUGCCGGGGGUGUGGAAAGGUGGCUCCGGGGGAGAAAAAUCCUAGGGGACAGUGGCGAGGAGGAAGAGGGGGCCUUCAAACCGUGGCCAGUGAGGAGAGAGGAGGACGCGGGUCACCUGGCGGGGGCAGGAGCACGCUGCACCUUUCCCGGAGCUCAGCUCUCAGCUGACCCUCUCCAGCUGUCGGGACAUGGAGGAUUCAGACGAAGAUGUCAAAUUUAUCGUGGAUGAGACCUUGGACUUUGGAAGGCUGUCCCUAUCUGACAGUCGUGAGGAGGAAGACAUAGCAGCAUUGGCGACUCCAGAGAAACCACUCCGACGGGGCCUCUCCCAUCGAAGUAACCCAAAUAUGGCGGCCCCUGCUCCCCAGGGUGUGAGGUUCAGCUUAGGCCCUCUCAGCCCAGAGAAGCUGGAAGAGAUCCUUGAUGAGGCCAAUCGGCUGGCAGCUCAGCUGGAGCAGUGUGCCCUGCAGGAGCGGGAGAGCUCAGCAGAGGGCCCAGGGCCUCGACGAGGGAAGCCCAGCCCUAGGAGGGAGACCUUUGUGCUGAAGGACAGCCCUGUCCGAGAUCUGCUGCCCACUGUGAGCUCUUUGGCUUGGAGCACACCCUCACCAGGGAGCCUUACACCUCGACUCCGGAGCAUCGAUAAGAAGGGGUCAGCCAGGGCUCUUCGGGUGACAUCUGGGAAGAGGCCUUCCACUGUGAAGAGGGAGUCGCCCACUUGCAAUCUGCUCCCUGCAUCCAAAAGCUCGGCACUGUCUCCUCUUAUACAAUCAACUCCUCCACUCCGAUCAACUCCUCCACUCCGAUCAACUCCUCCGCUCCGAUCAACUCCUCCACUUCGAUCCACUCCACCACCACGAUCAACUCCUCCUCUCCGAUCCACUCCUCCUCUCCGAUCCACUCCUCCACUCCGACCCACUCCUCCACUCCGAUCCACUCCUCCACUCCGAUCCACUCCACCACGGGGAAAAACUGGGGCCAGUCUGAGGACAACAGCAACAGGUCCACCUACCCCAGUCAGACCAGUCCUGGGCCCACAGCCUUCAACUAGCAACUCUCAACGCCUAUCCAGGCCACAGGGAGCAGCUGCUAAGUCUUCCAGUCGACUGCCCAUCCCCUCGGCCAUCCCCAGGCCCUCCAGCCGAAUGCCACUCACCAAACGGAGUGUACCACCUGGCAAAGGUGCCCUACCUCCUGAUUCUCUGUCGACCCGGAAAGGGCUUCCAAGAUCAAGUGCUGCAGGACACAGAGCUCCUUUUUCCCAGCAACCAAAUCUUCCUGGUGCCACUCGAAGCAGUCUGCAGCCUCCCAGGAAAGUUGCAGUCCCUGGGCCCACCAGGUAAAGAGAUCAGGACAACGGGCAUGAGUUCAGUAGCAAACCACUACAGUCACUGCAUGGAUUCAGCUGUACCAGCAGGGGCCAACUCCAGGAUUCUGGCCUGGAACGGGAGAAAGAGAUGCCGCUGGGGCCAAUCCCCAGGAAUAGAGACCAUAUGAGUUGGGAUGGAUUCAGGUUGAGCUGGAGGAGACCCAAACUCUCUGAGCUGAAAGAAGAUGAGGGGAAAAGAGGUCACCUCCCAGCAGUGAGAUUAACAAACAAAAUGAGAAAUGCAGACAAGUGGCUUUUCCUCUUCUAUCCCUACUCUUGUGGUCAGCCCUGGAGAGUCUGAUCUUCUUCCCAGGCCUUGGUUUGCUGGACACAUUUACAAGUGAAUGGCUUCUGUAGCCAGCCCCUGAUCUCUGAGGAGAGGUCUUUCUGCAUCACAUCCUCCACUGGACUUGGGCCUCCUGUUUGGAGAGGGGAAGCAGGCACCUGGUCUUCAGAGCUUGUUUCCUGUGAAUUCUGUGACUCCUUACAGGCCAGUUGAUGAUAAGCUUACUCUGUCAGUCUGCAUUUUUAAAAAAUAAAGGGAAUGUAUUUUUAUAUUU